AUGUCCCAACCUUGGCCCCAACCCCUCCAACCCUGGCCCGUGUCCCCAACAUUGUCCCCAAAGACCCCAGUGUCCCCAACCCUGUCCCCAAAGUCCUCAAGGUCCCCAACUCUGGCCCAAACAUCCCCAAACACCAGCCCCAAUGUCCCAACCUUGGCCCCAACCCCUCCAACCCUGCCCCCAAAGUCCUCAAGGUCCCCAACCCUGGCCCAAAUGUCCCCAGCAUUGUCCCCAACAUCUCCAACCCUGUCCCAAACAUCUCCAAUCCUGUCCCCAACGUCCCCAACAUCUCCAACCCUGUCCCCAAUGUCCCCAACCCUGUCCCCAACCCCCCUGCACUGCCCACAAGCCAACCUUGAGUGA